AUGAGAGUCCCACCAUUACAAGCCGUCCUGCUGCCUUAUGCAGCGAGCGCAGCAGGCGGCGACGUCACCACCCCGACGGCGACGCUCGACUCGGGCCCCGUGUUCGGCGCCUCGACGUCUCUGCCGGGCGCCAUGGGGCCGGUGGCCAAGUUCCUCGGCGUGCCGUACGCCGCGUCGCCGCCGGGGCGGUUCCGGUUGCCGCGAGCGCCGGACAGGUGGACGGCGGCGAGGAACGCGACGGCGUUUGGGGACUCGUGCGUUCAGUAUGUGCCUAGGACGGACGUUGGCCCUGGACAGGACAUUCUCGAGAAGCUCUUCAACCGGCAUCCGCCCGAGAGCGAAGACUGCCUGCACAUGACGCCUUUGCGCCGGCAUGGCCAGGCCCGCCGUCGGGGCGGCCCGUCGUCGUCUUCAUCCCCGGCGGGGGAUGGACCAUGGGCAACGGCCUGA